CUACACCCUUCUGCUCACAUCAGUCGCCACUACUCCGUGCAUACUGCAGGGGCAGGGGCAGUGACGUCACGGCCAGCCUCUCUUCCUGCUGCAUCACAACAGUCGCUAGUGGAUCGGGUAACACUGAGCUAUUUCCACUGCCUUGUGGAGUUUUUAUUUCAAUAAAUGUAACAGAAGUCCUCAUCGACAGCCUCAACCGUUAAGCCCGUCGCCGUCAGUUCCAGCGGACGCCAGCGCAGCAGUCGACGCGUUUGAAGCGCAGUGGGAGAUGGCCAGGCCAGAGCAGGUCCUGCUUCUAGAACCGCAGCACGAACUGAGGUUCCGAGGUCCAUUUACAGAUGUGGUGACCUCCACCCUAAAGCUCGCUAACCCCACAGACAGAAAUGUGUGCUUUAAAGUAAAGACGACUGCACCGCGUCGAUACUGUGUGCGACCAAACAGCGGAGUGAUUGAUCCCGGAACCUCGAUCAAUGUCUCUGUGAUGCUGCAACCGUUCGAUUAUGAUCCGAAUGAGAAAAGCAAACACAAGUUCAUGGUACAGUCUCUGCUGGCCCCAACUGACAUGACUGACACUGAGGGAGUGUGGAAGGACGCCAAGCCUGAGGAUCUGAUGGACUCCAAGCUGAGGUGUGUCUUUGACAUGCCCGCUGAAAAUGAGAAAACACAUGAAUUGGAAAGCAAUAAGAUAUCCUCCAGUAUCUCAAAGUCGGAAUCAUCCACAUUGUCUAUGAAGUCCAUGGUCAGUCUGGAUGAUGGAGAGGUGAAGAAGAUCAUGGAGGAAUGUAAAAGACUGCAGACGGAGGUGCAGCGGCUACGAGAGGAGAACAAACAGAUCAGGCUCUUUCUGUGA